AUCGGACUUCGAAAAAUUUUCGAUCUGUCAACGAAUAAAAACCCCCCGACUUUUUCACAAAAAGCUUGCAAUUUUUGCGUGAUAUUGAAAAAUAUUCUGCUAAAGUAUAAAUAUGCCGCUGCCACCAGCCUUAUUAGCUCGCUUAGCUAAAAGAGGAAUAAUUGAAACUGGGAAAGAGUUUUCAGGACCAGUUAAUAAUAUUCAGAGUGAAGAAAUAAUUGCUGAAGAUUAUGACGAUAUUGAAGAACCUGAACAAUAUGACUUUGAACCUGUAAAGAAACCCCCAGAAAAUUUCUGGAGUGAGAGUCUGAAACGACGGAUUACAGAAGGAAACAAUCUUGGAUAUAAAGGAUGCCCCAACAAGUACAACAUCUUUCAUAAAUGCACUCUUUUCUGCAUAAAUCGUUGGGGUGAUGGUAUAGCACAUCCUUCAGAGGAAUAUAUGAGAAGAAAAGAGAAGUUAAUGAAAAAAUAUCCUCUGCCGAAAAAUUGGACAGAAAUUUUCGACGAAGGAUGUGGAACACACUAUUACUGGAAUACCCAGGAUGAUACUGUUUCAUGGUUACCACCUACUCAUCCCAAGGCACACAUUUCAAAGAGUGCCGCAUCACUACGCAAGGAGUUAGAUGAUGUUUCUUUAGAAGAGGAUCUAGAUACUUUAGUGCCUUCGAUUUUGUUACAAACUGACACUGAAAUGAUACCGCUUCCAAUGCCACAAUCAGAAUCUGACUAUGUAAAAUCUCAAAUGCCACCUCCAAAAAAAUCCAAACCUAGAGAUCUCGACAAAGCUCUAAAAUCAAAGUCAGAAAGACGCACCCGUGUUUACAAACCACCUAAAGAUAUAGAUGUGCUCGAUCCUAUGGAUCCUGCUGCAUACUCUGACAUUCCUCGUGGAACAUGGACAUCGGGGCUUGAUCACGAAGAUAAAAAGUCGGGAGUUGAUACAACGGCAUCUGGAUCUUUAUAUCAAAUGAGGCCAUAUCCAAGUCCUGGAGCAAUUUUGAGAAAGAAAGCUCAACAGUCAAAUUCUCCACAAUCUAAUUCUGAUAAAAGUGAUGAAGAAAAAUAGAUUUUUAGCAUCCAAACCUCAAUUUAGAUAUUUUAUUUCAUAGCUUUACACAACACUCUGUUCCAAGAUAAUCUGGCAAGUUUAAAUUAUAUUCUUUUUGUAAAGAUAGAGGAAUAAAUCUCCCACCUAAGUAAUGAAA